AUGGCUUCACUAUCUGUAGAAGAACUUUCUUGUCCUGUGUGCUGUGAAAUCUUUAAGGCUCCUGUUCUUUUAUCAUGUAGUCACAGUGUCUGUAAAGAGUGUCUUCAACAGUUCUGGAGAACCAAGAAAACUCAGGAGUGUCCUGUCUGCAGGAGAAGAUCCUCAAAAGAACGUCCUUCAUUUAAUCUGGCAUUACAAAACUUAUGUGAGUCGUUCCUGAAGGAGAGAAAUAAGAGCCGUUCAUCAGGAUCUGAGGAGAUCUGCAGUUUACACAGUGAUAAACUCAAACUCUUCUGUCUGGAGGACAAACAGCCUGCAUGUGUAGUGUGCUUUACUUUAAAACAACACAACAAUCACAAAUUCAGACCAAUAAGUGAAGUGGUUUUAUCAUAUAAGGAGGAGCUCAAUAUAGCAUUGAAGUCAUUACAGGAGAAACUUAAAAAGAGAGAAAAAAUGCAAGGAGAGUUUCAGAAAACAAUUCAACACAUCAAGCACACAGAGCAUCAGAUUAAACAGCAGUUUGAGAAGCUUCAUCAGUUUCUCAGAGAUAAAGAAGAAGCUACAAUCACUGCAUUGAGAAAGGAAGAGGAGCAGAAGAAGCAGAUGAUGAAGGAGAAGCUGGAGGAGAUGAACAGACACAUCUCAGCUCUUUCACACACAAUCAAAGACACAGAGGAGAUGAUGAAAGCCAAUGACGUCUGCUUUCUAAAGGAGUUUCCAGUCAUGAUGGAAAGAGUCCAGAUCUCACAGCCGGAUCCACAGACGCCUUCUGGAGCUUUGAUUCAUGUGCCACGUUACUUGGGCAACCUGUCGUUCAGAGUCUGGAAGAAGAUGCAGGACAUUGUCCAAAACACUCCUGUGAUUCUGGAUCCAAACACUGCAUUUCCACGUCACAUCCUGUCUGAUGAUCUGACCAGUGUGAGAUUGUUUAAGAACAAACAACUGCUUCCUGAUAAUCCAGAGAGAUUUGAUGAGUAUUUCUGUGUUCUGGGUUUAGAGGGUUUUAACUCAGGAACACACUGCUGGGAUGUGGAGGUUAAAGAGAGUUCAGUCUGGAGUCUUGGAGUAACUACAGCAUCAAACCAAAGGAAGGGAGAUGAUUUCUUUAACACUGAUGUCUGGAGUGUGCAGUACAGAUGGUCUGAUUGGUUUGGUUUUCCUGUUAAACAGGAUCUUGAGUGUGUGAGAAUGUAUCUGGACUAUGACAGAGGAAUGGUGUCAUUCUCUGAUCCUGUAACUAACACACGUCUACACACAUUCACAACCACCUUCACUGACACAGUCUUUCCUUUCUUUCAUACCUGCUCUUAUCUGAGGAUCUUACGGUUCAAUAGUCAGUAA